UUCAAAAGCACUAAAACUAAGUUCGGUCGGGCCCCUUUCCUCAGUCACUGUGAGCCAUGCUAUAGAUGCUUCAGGGGCUGGCAUCGACAUGAGAGCCUCCAUCCCCGUGUUACACACCGAGUUCUCUUGCACACCACCGUCGAAGGUGCGUUGGGAUGCGUUCACAUGUCCGUGUGCGUGCGCUCACCGGAAAGCAGUGAAAUAAGCCGCUUUACCUUCCCGACAGGUUGUUUUUACUACAGGAACUGUGCACAUGCAUCCUCAUUCAUUCCCGGCAUUUCUCAUCCUACGUUUCUAGGGAGGUUCCUCCCGUUGAGAUAAUUUUUCUCCAGCUUUGGCUGAUCCCGGGGCUCUGGUGGCAGCGCUCCCAGGAGCACGCUGGGUUUGGGGGCAUUACCUUCCCUGCAGGAUGGUCCCCGCUUCGUCCGGGGAAACCCGCCCCGGCACGGCGAGUGGAAAGGAAAGGGCAGGAACGAGCGGCGGCUGCAGGGGGAUCUCCCCUCCCUGCCCUGGUUUGAGUCCCCCCGUCCCGCAGAGACGCAGCACGGUUGCGGGCGCCGGGAGGGGAGCCGAGCUGCGUGGGGGGGAGGCAGAGCCGGGGGACUUCAGCGCGGCGCGGUCUCACCCCUUAAUCACUCCUCCCACAGUGAGCCGUGCCUCUUAACCCCCGGGAUCCUCCCUCCCGCCGAGCACUGCUCCGCUCUGCAGAACGCGAGUUGAUGACCGAAAAACGAAUUAGCGGCCGCGGACAGCCAUGAGCUGUCUGGAUGUUAUGUACCAAGUGUAUGGUCCUCCCCAGCCGUACUUCGCCGCAGCCUACAGCCCCUACCCGCAGCGCGCCUCGUUGCUCCGUUUCCCGUCCUCCCUCUUCUCUCUCUCCUUCCAGAAACUCGCCUUGUACUCCAAAAUGCAAGAAGCCCCGGAGAGCGGCAGCAGCGCCGGCGCGAGCAGCUCCUUCUCCAGCCACGCCGCCGCCAGCAUCAAGGAGGAAGAGUGCAGCCCCGAGAAGGAGAGGCCCCCCGAGGCUGAGUACAUCAGCUCCCGGUGCGUCCUCUUCACCUACUUCCAGGGGGACAUCAGCGCCGUGGUGGACGAGCACUUCAGCCGGGCGCUCAGCCAGCCCAGCAGCUUCUCUCUCGGCAGCGCCAAGGCGGCUCGGAACUCCGGCUCCUGGCGGGAUGGCUCCUUCCCGAUGAGCCAGCGCAGCUUCCCUCCAUCCUUCUGGAACAGCACCUACCAGCCCUCCUCGGUCCCCGUCACCCUUAGCAGCCCCCUGGCUGCCCACAGCGAGCUGCCCUUCACCACCGCGGACCCCUAUGCCCCAGCCUCCCUGCAUGGCCACCUGCACCAGGGUGGUCCUGAGGCCUGGCAUCACGCCCACCACCACCACCACCACCAUCCCUACCUCGGGACGCAGAGCACGGCCUACCCCCGCCCCACAGCCAUGCACGAGGUUUACGGCCCUCAUUUUGACCCUCGCUAUGGCUCCCUGCUGGUGCCCACCGCCUCCGUCCGCCCCCACCGUCUCACCCCCGCCACCGUACCCACACCGGUCAGCCCACCCUGCGAGCUGGGCAAGGGCGAGGCGGGCCCUGCUGCUGCCUGGACGACACCGGGACCCUUCCCCAAUGCGGCGGGAGAUGUGGCACAGAGCCUCGGCCUCAACGUGGACGCAGGUGAAGAGAGGUCCCUGGCCCCUCGGGAUCCCGCCAGCUCAGGGCUACCCCUGUCCUGAGGUGGUGGGAGGGGAGGGCUCUGUAGAGGGCAGCUAAAGGAAACAUAUGGGUGUGUGAGCUCCCAACCCAUCCUGCGUGUCCUUCUUUGCAUUCCUUGGCCAGGCAAGCAAGGGCAAUGUGUCACCCACUCCACAUUUCUGGCUCCCAAGACACACUCUGAGGUACUGCUUGCUUUGGGCCUUGCUCUGUGCUGGAAGCCUGAUGGAGCCCUGAGGGCUGCGGCCACAGGGCAGUCCCACAGCUCUGUGAACUU